CGCGAUUUCUUCAGACGGUUUGAGCCUGUCGGGCACCCAUACACGCUGUGUUUGCGAGUCCCACUACAGUGAACACGAAGAUGGCGGAAGCUCCCUUACGGACCAGCCGGUAUUUCUGUCACCGAUGUUCUGAAGAGAUUAGCCCUCGUCUCCCGGAUUACACCUGUCCACGGUGUGACUCCGGCUUCAUUGAGGAGUUACCUGAGGAUCAAAGCACAGAGAAUCCGUCAACAUCCACAUCAUCCACCAGUGCUCAGCUCCGUUAUCCUUUUGAGAAUGUGGACCCGCAUCUGUUUACCUUCCCACACCCGUACGGGCAGCUGGCUCUGGGCAUCUUGGGUGAGGGUUUUGAUCUCCGGACGGGCAUGUCCUCCGAGGACAUGCGUGAUGCCGAUAACCCGCGGGAGCGGGAGAUGGCAUCACGCCAACGCUAUGGGGCAAGACAACCUCGGGGGCGUCACAUUCCCCGGAGACAAGGGACCCGGCAUGAAGGAGUGCCCACUUUAGAGGGGAUUAUUCAGCAGUUAGUAAAUGGAAUCAUCACGCCAACGGCUAUGCCAAACAUGGGAAUGGGACCAUGGGGAAUGCUACAUUCAAAUCCAAUGGACUAUGCAUGGGGUGCCAACGGCUUAGACGCCAUUAUAACACAGUUAUUAAACCAGUUUGAAAAUACGGGUCCCCCUCCUGCAGACAGAGAAAUGAUCAAAAACCUCCCAACAGUUCAGAUCGCAGAGGAGCAUGUGGGAGCUGGUUUAGAAUGUCCCGUGUGUAAAGAAGACUACACCGUGGGGGAGAGCGUUAGACAACUUCCAUGCAAUCACCUCUUUCACAAUGACUGUAUAGUGCCCUGGCUCGAACAGCAUGACACGUGUCCGGUGUGCAGGAUGAGCUUGAGCGGUCAGAACACAGCCACAGACCAACUUGGCUUAGGAAUGAACUUCUCACCUUCCUCAUCAUCAUCGUCCUCCGCUAGUUCCCCCAGUAAUGAGAACGCUGCCAACAACUCCUAAAAUACCUGCCGGCUUUCCUCACUCACUCACACACACUUGCACACAGACACUGCACACUCAAAGACACAAUACAGUACAUAUACACACACACAAACCCCUCAACAUUUGAUCAUCUCAGAGAGGGGGCGUGGCCAAUCCUGUUAAAGCUCAAAGCCCUCACUCGAAUCUUGAUAACACAGCCCUGAAGAACCUCAGAAUGUUCUAUGUUGUCUAGUGUUCUAGUGUUCCAGUUCGCACUUUGUUCUGCCGUUACUGAGAAUGAUGCGAGGGCUGAGCUGAAACCUGAUAGUCUAGAACACACCCUUUAAGGCCAGCACCUCACUAUCCCCUUCAUCAUCAUCAACAUCAUCAUCAUCAUCAUUACCAUCUGACUCCCUGGACCAAGCGCCAAAGGACAUGUCCACAAGCAAUGGGGGAGAGAAACACACACACCCCUGUAUUUCAGUACUUUUUAUUAUUGAACUGGAGCAUGAUCGUUCCUCUCUUCUUUUUUUUUUUUUCUUCUUUUUUUUUAACACAUAACAAGCAGUCCUGUACAAACAGGGAUUUUAAUUCAAAAAGUGACUCUGGGGUGAAAAAAGGGAUGAAGAAAUUUGUCAGAUGGUCUCUUGCAGACACACACACACACAUCCAAUUACAGAAGUUGAAUGUCAUUUUACCAGAGACCGUUACGUCUCAAAUUCCCAUAAAGGGAAAACCUUCGAAUAGAACCAUUUUUUUUUCUUUUGUUUUUUAAAAUGAUUUUUAAAAUUCAUAUAUUUUGCCAUCUAAGAGGUGUACUCUGUGAACUGCGCAUAUAGCGAUAUUUAUUAUAACAGCUGACCGAAGAAAGAAAAAAAAUGAAAAGUUUGUGUAAAGUAUUUAUUUGCACAAUGUUUUGUUUUGCAACCAAUUAGGGCAAUGAACAUAAAUACAGCAGGUAGAAAAUCAAAAUACAAUUAAUCAUUUUUUUAAAUAAUAAU